AUGAGUCAACCUCCCGGACGUCGAAUGCCAAGACCAAAACUAGAUUUGCCACCUCUUAGAGAAACAAUUCCCGAAGUGUUGAAAAACGGUGCACUUGGUUAUAUCUGUGUGUCCGGUAGAAUUCUAAGCGUUCCGGAAAAUCUGCUUUAUGGUGGAGAAAGAAUCGGAAAUGGUGAAGGACAAUCAGCAGUGUAUCGUCUUAUUUACAACGGAAAACUUAUUGCAAGAAAAGAUGUAGCUGUAAGAUUGCCAAAAGGCGUAGAUCAAGACUCGACAAAUAAGCUGAUGGCAAAAAAGUUACGAGAAGUAAAUGUUAUCAAUGGGUGUGCUCCAUGUCCGUUCAUUGUGCAUUUCUUUGGAUAUUACGUUCACAAAUAUAGAGAUUGCGUGAAAAUUCAUAUCUUCAUGGAAGAAAUGGCUCUCAGUGCAUCAGUUCUCAAAACUGAAGCUUUGAAGCAAGGUGGAGCGAUUCCAGAGUUUGUAAUUGGACGUAUCGUUUGUUCUGUAAUUCACGCAAUGUGGUUUUUAAAGGAUAGAUUGCAAAUCAUUCAUCGGGAUAUUAAACCAGGCAAUAUUUUGAUUGACUAUGAUGGGAGAGUCAAAAUUUGCGAUUUUGGAAUAUGUGGGAUUCUAGAAAAUUCUAUUGCUGUUUCAGAUACAGGGUGUCAACAAUACACUGCUCCUGAAAUCCUUGUGAAAGGAGUAAGUAACUCGCCAGGGUAUUCUAUCAAAAGCGAUAUUUGGUCGCUAGGAAUCACCAUCUUUGAGCUUGCUACUUUGAGGUAUCCAUACCCAGUUGGAUUUUCGGAGUUCACACUUUUGUCUGCUAUUGUGACAACACCAGCACCCUACCUAGAAAGGGGAACAUACUCCGAUAGUCUUGUUGAAUUUGUUAGUAAACUACUCCAAAUAAAAGAAGCCGACCGACCAAGCAUUGUUGCCGUAAAGGACCUCCAGUUUUUCUUGAAUAAUGACACUCCAUUUCUGUGUAUUGGAACAGGAGUUGGAGACUCUGACAAUAUUCUGAAUGAAAGACCGUCGGUUGGAGCAUGGCUUGAUGACCUUUUCUUCUCCACAGUUUAAUGCUCUUUUGUUUGCUAAAUAUAAUUUUGGGGAGGGAAAAAAUUUCAGAUUCCCGUCGAUAAAUAUUUUCAAUUU